ACAAAUUGUAAACUCUGGAAGGAAUUAGACUCAACUGUUGUGCACAAGGAGGGUGAUGUAGUUCUCGCAGGCAUGUUUCCUAUACAUUCCAAAGGCAUUGACCAGGAGUUAAAUUUUAGGAAUCAGCCAGACCAGAGGAAAUGUUGGGGAUUUAACAUGCGUGUGUUCCGCUGGUCUCAGGCAAUGAUUUUCUUCAUUGAAGAGAUCAACCGAAACCCCACUCUUCUGCCAAACAUCACACUGGGCUAUAGAUUGUAUGACACAUGUGGGCUGAUAGCGCUGUCUCUAAGGACUGCAUUGUCUGUGGUUUCUCAACCCAUGAAGAGGAGUAGCUCAGAGGUGUGCUCUUCCCCGAGCAUCCCCAUCAUUAUUGGGGACUCUGGAUCCACUCUGUCAAUGGCCAUUUCCAGACUCCUCAACCUUUUCCAUAUCCCGCUGGUGAGUUAUUUUGCUUCAUGUGCUUGCCUGAGUAAUAAGCAUCAGUUCCCUUAUUUUUUUCGCACAAUUCCCAGUGAUGUAAAUCAGGCCAAUGCUCUUGCUCGUUUGGUGAAGCACUUUGGAUGGACCUGGGUGGGCACAGUCGGGGCAGAUGAUGCUUAUGGCCGCACCGGCAUCGAUCUUUUCACCACUGCAGUGACACAGUUGGGUGUGUGUGUGUCUUAUAGAAUAAUCAUACCUAAACUGCCAACUCAACAACAGUUGCAAGAUAUAGUCAGGACAAUUCGAGAUUCUUCAGCUCAUGUGUUGGUGGCUUUUGCCAUUGAAGAAGACAUUAAGCCAGUAGUUGAUGAAAUAGUCUUGCAGAAUGUGACCGGGAAGCAGUGGGUAGCGAGUGAAGCUUGGGUGACAUCCACUCUUAUCUCCACUAAAGAAAACUUCUCCUCACUUAGUGGCACCAUUGGCUUUGCCAUUCGCCGAGCUGAGAUACCUGGCCUCAAACAUUUCCUUGACAACAUACAGCCCCUGGCUCAGCCAUACAAUGUCUUUGCAAGAGAGUUCUGGGAAACCCAGUUUCAGUGCACAUUAAACACAAGUCUUCCAACUUCAUCCACAACAGAUCCUGUGCACUAUAGCCACAGCUGUACUGGCAUGGAGAGUAUGCAGGACACUCAGAGCAUCUUUAAUGAUGUGUCUCAGCUCAGAGUGACGUAUAACAUGUACAAGGCUGUCUACACAGUGGCACAUGCACUACAUAAUCUGCUUCUGUGUCAAAGAGAGCAGAGAUCUGCCUUGACACAGCAGUGUCCUGAUAUCCACAAUCUACAGCCCUGGCAGGUUAUUGAGGUCCUGAGAAAAGUGAAUUACACAAACAUCUUUGGAGAUCUCAUUUACUUUGAUGAGAAUGGAGACCCUGUUGGGUCAUAUGACAUUGUGAACUGGCAAAAAGGGGCAGAUGAUGUGCCAGUACAGUAUAUUACUGUGGGUCGCUUUGACUCCUCUUUACCCAAAGGACAACAGUUAGUGCUGAACCAGAACAAAAUCAUCUGGCAUGGGGGAACAAACGAGGUACCAGUGUCUGUAUGCUCUGCUAGCUGUCCAUCAGGGUACAGAAAGGUUAGACAAGAGGGUCAGCCUGUGUGCUGCUAUGACUGUGUGCCUUGUGCAGAGGGGAGUAUCAGCAACACAACUGAUCAAGCUGAAUGUUUUCUUUGCCCUGAAGACUUCUGGUCCAACAAGCAUCGCAACUAUUGUGUUCCAAAGGAGAUUGAGUUCCUUUCAUACAUGGAGGCUUUCGGUAUGGUCCUGGCAGCUAUAGCCAUAUUGGGUGUAGUUGCUGCAAUGAGUGUUGCUGUGAUCUUCUUCCGUCAUCGUGACACACCCCUGGUUCGUGCUAAUAACUCAGAAUUGAGUUUUUUGUUGCUGAUUUCUCUCACUCUCUGUUUCAUAUGUGCACUAACCUUUCUUGGUCAGCCAUCACACUGGGCAUGCCCUCUUAGACGUAUUGCUUUUGGCUUAACCUUUGCUCUCUGCCUAUCUUGUCUUCUCAGUAAGACCCUAGUGGUUCUUAUUGCUUUUAAAUCCACACUGCCUGGUAACAACACAGCUCGUUGGUUUCGCCCCCCUCAACAAAGAUUGGGUGUGUUUAUUUGUUCACUCCUACAGGGUGGUGUCUGCGUAGCUUGGCUGACCACAGCAUCCCCAUAUCCAGUGAAGAAUACAUGGCUAUAUCGUGACCGUAUCAUUUUAGAAUGUCAUCUAGGUUCAGUAGUUUAUUUCUGCUGUGUGUUGGGUUACAUUGGGUGCUUAGCUGCCUUUUGCUUCAUUUUAGCUUUUUUAGCUAGAAAACUGCCUGAUAAUUUUAAUGAAGCCAAAUUCAUCACAUUCAGUAUGCUUAUUUUCUGUGCUGUUUGGAUUACAUUUAUCCCAGCUUAUGUCAGUUCCCCAGGGAAAUUUACUGUUGCUGUGGAAAUAUUUGCAAUUUUAGCUUCUAGUUAUGGUGUACUUUUGUGUAUUUUUGCACCUAAAUGUUAUAUUAUUAUUUUCAUGCCAGAAAAGAAUUCUAAAAAGUAUCUCAUGACCCAAAAAUAA